CUUGUUAGCUAAUUUAUGUCAUCUUUCUGGCUUUCACUAUUUCUUCUUUACAGGAUACAAGUUCUAUUUAAUAGUGGCAUUGCAACCAUUUUAGUCUUGAUUGCUUGGAAGUUAGCUGGAUCACAAGAUAAUUGCCUAAAUUCAAAAGAAUCAAGACUUAUGACUGCUCUAAUGGGUGGUAUUAUUGGCCACUAUUGCUGCUGCAACGGAGACACCUGGUCAUCGGAGCUUGGAAUUCUUAGUGAUGACCAACCUCGAUUGAUCACAACCUUCAAGCCAGUUCAGAGGGGUACAAAUGGUGGGGUAACAAAAGCUGGACUUCUAGCAGCUGCAGCAGGAGGCAGUGUCAUUGGACUGGCAUUUGUUAUUUUAGGAUUCUUCACCACCAAAUGCCCGUUUGAUGUAGCUCUGAAGCAGCUAUUAUUGAUACCCCUUUCAGCUGUUGCAGGACUAUGUGGAAGUGUUAUAGAUUCUUUGUUGGGAGCAACAUUACAGUUCAGUGGUUUCUGCAGUGUUCGUAAAAAGGUUGUUGGUAAACCAGGACCGACUGUAAAGAGAAUCUCUGGUCUUAGUGUACUUGAUAACAAUGCUGUGAACCUCGUCUCAGUAUUUUUGACUGGUGUACUGACUUCCAUUGCUUGCUUAGUUAUUUUCUGAGAUUCAUAAUUCAAAUGGAUAAUAAUAUUGAGUUAUACAAUGUUCAAGAAUCAUGUUGUAUCCAUUAGCUUUACCAUCAAUAAGAUGAUACUGAAUUCAUCUUGGAUCAUGCACAAUUUUCUAAUUGAUAUAUGAGUGACAAAUUAUGAUCAUAUUUAGAG